AUGAAUAACAGCAGUGAAGUGGAACAACUGCGUCUUCCCGCUAUAGUGGUGGAUGAGGAUGAUGAACUUGUGAAGUACAUCUGGAGGGAGUACCUACAACCCAAGCAGUAUGAAUGGGUGCUCAUCGCAGGAUACAUUAUUGUGUUCUUCGUUUCACUUAUUGGAAAUUCACUAGUUUGCUUUGCUGUGGUGAAGAACCGGCACAUGCGGACGGUGACCAAUUACUUCAUUGUCAACCUGUCCUUUGCCGACGUGUUGGUCACCCUCACGUGUCUACCCGCGAGCCUGGUGGUUGACAUCACCGAAACAUGGUUCUUUGGAAGCACGCUCUGCAAAAUCGUGCCUUACCUUCAGACCAUCUCCGUGUCCGUCUCUGUGCUGACCCUCAGCUGCAUCGCCCAGGAUCGCUGGUACGCCAUCUGCCACCCUCUGAUGUUCAAGAGCACGGCGAAACGUGCGCGCAAGAGCAUCGUGCUGAUCUGGCUGGUGUCCUGCACCAUCAUGGUACCUCAGGCAAUCGUCAUGGAGUGCACCAGUUUAUUCCCUGAGCUCACCAACAAGACCAGACUGUUCACGGUGUGUGACGAGCACUGGGAAGAGGAGAUCUACCCCAAGGUGUACCAUACCUGCUUCUUCAUCGUCACCUACUUCGCGCCGCUGUGUUUCAUGGUUCUGGCCUACAUCCAGAUAUGCCACAAGCUGUGGUGCCAACAGAUCCCAGGCAGCGCGUCGGUCGUGCAGAGGAAGUGGCACUCGUUCCAGUGUCGCGCCCAGGCCUCGGCCCCUGGCGAGCCCGUGCGGGUGAGGACCGUCUCCGUGUGCGCGGAGGUCAAGCAGGUCCGGGCCCGGCGGAAAACGGCUCGCAUGCUGAUUGUGGUGCUGUUCGUGUUCGCCCUCUGCUACCUGCCAAUCAGCGUGCUCAACAUGAUGAAAAGGGUUUUCGGGACUUUUAAACACACCAACGACAGAGAAACCGUCUACGCCUGGUUCACCUUCUCCCACUGGCUCAUCUACGCCAACAGCGCCGCCAACCCCAUCGUCUACAACUUCCUAAGCGGGAAGUUCCGUGAGGAGUUCAAGGCGGCGUUCUCCUGCCACUGCGUGGGUCAAAAGCCAAGCCGCACAAAGAGGCGAACCAGGGCGAGCACGGACAGUCGCAAGUCCCUGUCGACGCAGGUCCACAACGUGGACAACGUGUCACGCAUCUCCGACCAGGUGGUGUUGUCCCACAACAGCGUGGAGCUCAUCACGACGCAUACCGUCGCACAAGAGACGGGCAUUGAAACGACGUAGAUCGAUAUGUGAACGCACGAUAUUUUCACUGGUGUAGUCACUGUAAUUAUUGUAAAUAUAUGAUAUCACGCAAGGAAAGAACGCAGCCUGUUGUAACAUGAGUAUCGGAUAUAUUAUGUACAGAUGGACUUUGCAAUGGAAAAGAUGUUGGCUCUCAUUAGAAGAAUAUUGACCUCACUGUGCCUUGCCAAAGAAUAGGUUUCGUAUUGAC